ACGACACUUCAGCUCUUAGAAAAAAAAGCGGUUUUUCGUCAAAAAGGCAAACUUCUUUUUCACGUUCCUUCUUCUUCUUCGUCUUCUUCGGUUCUUCUCUACUUUUUCGGAUGCUCAGGACCUUGUUACUCUCUUGCUUGUAACUGGGCCAAAAUAAUAUCUCAUUUCCUUUAUAUGACCGUUUGCCACAACACAUUUUAGCAUGGACAAGAACAUUGCUCUGCUGAUAGCAUGAUGCCUUUACCUUCAGAGGAACUUGUGGAGGAGGAAAUUUCUCCUGUUGAGCCACCUAUUCUGUAACCAUUUCCUAUUAAAUGGUUAUAGACGUCCAUUGUAUAGCUGUUAGGUAGGAGCCAAGAAAAUAUGUGGGAAGUAACUCUGUUUCGUUCCCACUAACACCUUUGAUAAAUUGCUCAUUAUUGAUGGAUGGAUUGAUAAAUUACAGAAUCAUCUCAGAUGCCAACGUUGGAUGUAGAUUCUGAGAAGUGUUUUUGAAGGACUGUGUUGUCAGAUAGGCGGAGUCCCUACCUCACAGAAACAUCAUCCUGGGUUUGCAAAUGGAUGAAUUUCUUGACCAUGUCUUCUCAUCCUCAUCAUGGUCAGAUGCAAAUGGCACUGAAAGAUCAUCCUGGGUUUGCAGUGGGCCUGCUCAAACAAAUGGGCUCCUUCCUGAUUUAAUGGGGGAAUAUGAAGGGAAUGAAAAAAAUUCAAAUGUAAACUUGAUUCCUUCAACUGAGAUUAUGGAGAGCUUAGCCACUCAAAACACUUCUAUUGUCGUUGGUAGGGGCUCAAAUUAUGGUCUUGACAAAAGUUUAAUUCCCAAUGAGGCUCAACCGCAACAAGAAGGAUUAGACCAUGAAAAAAAGCAUUCUUUGAAAGGAAUGGUGAAUGGUGGUUUGAGAGCUGGAUAUUUGGGUCUGCAACUGAAUACAACUGAAUCAUCCCAAGGUGACCCAAAUCUUACUUCUCCAAAGUUGCUUCCUGUGAUUGAGGGUUUACCCAAGUCACCUUGUGCAGUGCCGGAUGCUAGUUCUGUUGGGAGCAAUGGCAAUGAACCAUCUGGGUGUCAACUGUCUCUUGGAGAUACUCAUUCUUUUAAUUCAGUACCACAGUUGUGGCCUUCAUUAUCUUAUGGAAUUGCUUCUUCCCUUGCUUCUUCUAUAGUCCAGGAUAAAUUGCAAGGCUAUGAUUUGCAUGGUGAAUAUGUGGAUAGCAAUAGUAACGUUUUGCAGAGCAGAUAUGUCAGGGAUGAGAAAAUAUUGCAACUGGACAACUUUCCUUCAACAGUCUCCAUCAAUAUGCAAGAUGAUCUGCACAAUAACUGUUUGCUCCCUGUUGCUGGGCCCCCUAUAACAUUGACAAGAACAACAGGGUUACAGUCUGAGCUGCAGUUUAGUGAAGGAAAUUCUGUCAAGCAUUACAUGAACCAGUCUCCUGUUUGUCAGUUACAGUCUACACCGGCUACAACUGCUGGCGGUUGUAAUGGUUCUGUAAAGCCUCGAGUAAGAGCACGACGGGGUCAGGCCACGGAUCCACACAGCAUUGCUGAGCGGCUUCGCAGGGAGAAAAUUGCUGAAAGAAUGAAGAAUUUGCAAGAACUUGUUCCAAAUUCCAAUAAGAUGGAUAAGGCAUCGAUGCUUGAUGAAAUCAUUGAGUAUGUCAAAUUUCUCCAGCUUCAAGUCAAGGUUUUAAGCAUGAGUAGAUUGGGUGCUGCAGGGGCAGUUGUUCCCCUCAUCACAGAAGGUCAAGCUGAGGGUUCUGGUGGCCUGCUUCUAUCACCAUCAACUGGUCACACAAAUGAUUUUUUGGAGUCUCCAGACAAUAUUGCCUUUGAGCAAGAAGUGGUGAAGCUGAUGGAAACCAAUGUGACCAUGGCCAUGCAGUAUCUUCAGAGCAAAGGCCUAUGUCUUAUGCCUAUUGCCCUUGCAACUGCUAUUUCUGGUGGUAAGUCAUCAGCAGGCCCUGAUUUUGGUGAGUGGAAGAAACCCAGCUUGACCAAUAGUCUUAAUCUCUAUGGUAAUUGCUCCCCUGGUGAUAUGAGCCAACAAGUUCCGUCAGAUGGUAAGAUUGCGAGGAAGGAGAAUGUAGCCAGGAAUUGCGACAGAGAAGGCAUCACAACUGACGGUUGCAACAGGGCUAUUAUUAAACAGGAAGAGUUGAAGGGCACUUCAUGCACUACAACAGAGCUAAAACAUAAGGCGUAGUUGAAUUGCUCUCUCUCUCCCUCUCUCUCUGAUAUUUUGUUGAGUUGGGUGGUCACGUCAUAACGAAACAUCUGUUUUACUUCUUUUUUGCCCUGAUUAUGGAGAACUAGGUUUAUUAUAUUGCAUAGAUUUCAUAUGUACAUGCAUAUAUUAGACUUGGCUAGUCAUAUGUAUCUAUGAUGCAUAUAUUUACACGAGUAAAUAAAUAAAUAAUUUUACCA